AUGGGAUGUUUUGUGUAUUCAAUUUAUAAAUUUUUAACUUCAAUUAAUAAAGGGAGUCAUGUAUUUAAUUCAAAAGUUACUAUUAUUGCUGAUCAGUCUAAAGGAAUUGAGUUGGUUAAAGAGUCAACAUCUAUUCCAUAUUCUAAUAUCGAAUUUAUUCCAAAAGAGGUACUAAACAAUGUAAUAAUUCAUGAACAAAUCCAAAUUUUUGUAGUAGAAACUUAUCUUGCUUUAACUUUUAAGUCUAAAAAUGUUAAAUACGUUACAAAAUUCCCUCCUUUAAAACCAAUAUUUUAUGAAUUCAAUUUAUCUAUUAAACAGAAACAACUCAUUUAUCAAUCACUUCAUCAAUUUUUAAAAACAAUGAAUUAA